AUGAUCGAUGGUGGAGAAGUGUGCGGGACUGAGAUCGAGGGAGCUUUGGCUGCUGGAUGCAAGUUUGAUACACUCGCCCUCACCUGGCUACCGUCAGCAUGUUACGACGAAUUUGUCACUCAAUCAUCAUCAGACCAAUUGCGGGAAGAGUCUGGUUUGGUCAAGGUUGACCUCAACGAGUUCCAAUUCUACGCAGACUGGAACCGGACACAACCAGUCACAGAUUUGCAAUUUCAACAAGCCUCACUUCUCAACUUCGGACCAGCGGGCGUUCAGACCCCCUUUUAUACAGAUACCAUCUACCAUAAAGCACAUUGCCAGCAUGUCAAAGAACUACAAGAUAGCGCACUGCAAAAAGCGAGCGAAGGAACGCAUGAUGUAUGGCUGUGGGAAAGGGCUGCUAAGUGGGAUCACUCGCUUCAUUGUCACAAAAUCAUGUAUCACGCUACAUGGAACACGCCGGGUAUAGAUACGCUUGCUGUUUAUCCUGGAACAUCUAACUGCGUUCUCAUACGUAGCAGUGCUAACUUAUGA